AUGGAGAUCCCCUUCGACAUGGACGAGGACGGCCUCGUGCCCCUGGUGACCCCCAGGUUCGCCGUCGUCGAGCUGGCGCUGGCUACGCUCCCGCGCCAUCUCCGCGGCGGCACCGGCGACGACAUCGCCACCCUGACCACCGAGGACGACAUGCGCUUCGACGAAGACGCCGACGACAAGCUCGACCCGGCGCUUGUCGCCGAGCUCCACCACGAGUUCCAGCGGCAGCAGCAGCAGCGGGGCGCUGGAGCCAAACAGACGCUCACGCCGCCGGAAAACUUCGCCCCCGUCAUCGACACCAUCUACCGGCUGCUGUUCCCUCAGCCGGCGAACUUUGAGUUUCUCAAGACGCUUAGGUUGAAGCUGGUGCUCUGCUUGAUCCCGGAGGAGUACCCCGACGUCCAGCAGCAGUUUUUGGACGACAACGGCAUCCGCCUCUUCCAGUUGGGGAUGCUGGGGAACAAGGAGCCCUUCGUCAUCAUCUCGGCCGAGCUCAUCACCGAGGCGGCGAAAAUCGUCCUCAACCCCGCCAACCACCCCAUCUUGAUCCACUGCAACCGCGGCAAGCACCGCACGGGGUGUCUCGUCGGCGUCCUCCGCCGCCUCCAGCAGUGGUCGUUGCUGCUCAUCUUCGACGAGUACCGCAAGUUCGCCGCCCCGAAGGAACGCCUGAUGGACCAGCAGUUCAUCGAGCUCUACAACGACGCCGCCAUCCGCACCUACGCCCUCGACCACGGGUGGCUCCCGCUCCUAUGGGACUCCGCCGGUGACGCCAUCAGCUGA